AUGGAGGGCGAGGCGCCGCAGGCGCACCAGCCGCCGCUGAACGGCGUCAGCCUCGACCUCCGCCUCGACACGAUGACGCACCACCACGGCACCUGGCGCCCGGCGUCCCUUUCUCCCGCGGACUACCAGCAGCAGCACGAUGGCAAGGAGGCCUUGUCGUGCAACUACUGCCAGCGCAAGUUCUUGAGCUCGCAGGCGCUCGGCGGCCACCAGAACGCCCACAAGCUCGAGCGCACCCUCGCCAAGCGCGGCCGCGACGCUGACGCAGGCAAAAACGCCGCCGCCACGCCUUCCUCGCCGGCCGACGCCCACAGCUGGCUCCACGGCGACGGUGAUCUUUGGGCUUACUCUGCUGCUUCACCCGCGGCGAGCAUGAGCAUGGGCAUGGGCAUGGGCGGCUGGGCUGGCACUCGCCGCACCACGACGGCUGGCGGGGAGGCCACGGCGGAGAUGGACUUGUCGCUCAAGCUGUGCCUCUGA